AACACUGGAAGCCAACUAGUAAAGCCAAAGCGUUUUACUAUUUUCCAAACGGCAGACUGGUUCAGUUGACCACUGGUAUAAAAUAUGAUGCAACCAAAGAAAACGCUUCAGUUCAGUGAACACCUUAAAGCCAUAACUUGUCGGAGCGGGAAAACAGAAAAGAAAAUAAAAACGAAAGUGCGGAACUUUGGCGGCGACAGGAAAACUACAUGUAAAAACGUAAAAAGUGAAGUGUGUCAAAUCGGAAAAUCACAAACCAAGCGAACAAAAUGAAUUUGACAAAAUUUUAAGGCGGAAGUAAUAAAUCAUUCCUUUGGACCAUAAAUCUGCAUAACCCUAACGGAUUAACAAAGCCCCCUUGAUAAAUUCGUUUCGAUUUCAUUAACAUGUUUUAUGCGGUUACGUUUUUCACGGUCCUCGUCCUCCUGUUCCUCAUCUGGGAUAUACGUAAACCUCGUCGCUUCCCACCCGGACCCAAGUGGUAUCCCAUUGUGGGUUGUGCCUUGAAAAUUUCCAAAUUACGUGCCAAGCAUGGCAUGUUCUGUAAAGUGAUUGAUGAAUUAGCCAAAGUGUAUGUGAAUCCCUACGGCCUGUAUGGCCUGAAAAUUGGCAAGGAUAAAGUGGUGAUUGCCUACUACAAUGAUACGAUACAAGAGAUGAUGACCAAUGAGGAUUUGGAUGGCAAACCGGAUGGCAUAUUUUAUCGCAUGCGCACCUUUAAUUCCAAAAAGGGGAUACUGGUGACGGAUGGCGAGUUGUGGGUGGAACAACGCAGAUUCAUAUUGAGACAUUUGAAGGAUUUCGGUUUUGCCCGCAGUGGCAUGAUUCAUGGCAUUCAGCAGGAAGCUGAAUAUCUUUUGGAAGAUUUAAAGGAAAUUGUGCGACAGCAGGGCGGCAAGCGGGCCCAGGUGGCCAUGGUAAACCUGUUCACUGUCUAUGUCCUCAACAAUUUAUGGUCCAUGAUGUCGGGAAAACGUUACGAUCGGAAUAGUGAAGAAAUUAAUGAUCUGUUGCAAAUGUUCUUCGAACUCUUCCAGCAUGUGGAUAUGGUGGGGGCAAUGUUUAGCCAUUUUCCAUUUAUGCGCUACGUAGCGCCCAAUUAUUCUGGCUACAAUGCUUUUGUGGAGAAUCAUGAGCGAAUCUACAGUUUUCUACGCAAAGAGGUACAGAUCCACAAGGAAUCAUUUAGAAACUACAGUAUUCCACGAGAUCUGAUGGACAGCUAUUUGAGGGAAUUGGAAAAUCCCGAACGAAGACCCUCUUUCACCGAGGAACAGUUAUUGGCGGUUUGUUUGGACAUGUUUUUAGCCGGUUCGGAGACGACCAACAAAAGUCUGGGUUUUGGUUUUCUUCACAUGGUCCGCAGCCCCGAAAUCCAGGAACGGGCCUUCAAUGAAAUCAAAGAAGUGGUGGGCCUUGAGCGGCGACCCGAAUGGAAAGAUCGCAUAAAAUUACCCUAUUGCGAAGCCAUAGUUUUGGAGUCUGUGCGCAUGUUUAUGGGCAAUACAUUUGGUAUACCACAUCGUGCUCUGAAAGAUACCCGCCUCUCAGGCUAUGAAAUACCCAAAGAUACCAUGGUAAUAGCCUGUUUUCGUGGCAUGUUAAUGAAUCCCGUGCACUUUCCAAGUCCUCAAAAAUUCAAUCCAGAAAGGUUUAUAGUUGAUGGUUGUCUCAAGGUUCCCGAGGCCUAUAAUCCAUUUGGUUAUGGCCGCCACCGUUGUAUGGGCGAUAUUUUGGGCCGCCAGACAUUGUUUAUGUUCAUUACCACGGUAUUGCAAAAUUUCCGUUUUGAAGCUUUGCCGGGGCCGCUGCCAGACGAUGAGCCUUUGGAUGGUGUAACGUCAUCGGUGAAACCUUAUAUGGCCUAUAUGGUGCCACGUUAUGCUUGUGUAGAUUAAA